CCCUUAACCUUUGACAUUAAAAAAAAAAAUUAAAAUUAAAAGAACACACCAUGAUGCUAAAAUCGCCGGAGCUCCCGGAUUGCCGGUAUCUGAGCCCGCCGGUGAUAGUCCGACCGGCGAAUCCAACCCCAAAACACUCGUUAUACCUCUCCAAUCUGGACGAUCAAAGCUUUCUAAGAUUCUCCAUUAAAUACGUGUUCUUAUUCGAGAAGGGCGUGAGCUUGUGCAACCUGAAGCGUUCUCUGGCCAUUGUUCUUGAACAUUACUACCCAUUUGCCGGACGGCUGAGGGUGUGCGGCGGCGGCGGUGGUGGGUCGUCGUCGUCGGAGUUUGAUCGGAAGCUGGAAGUGGAGUGUAAUGGAGAAGGGGCGGUUUUUGCUGAGGGGUUUAUGGAUUUGACGGCGGAGGAGUUUCUUCAAAUGGCGGAUACGCCUAAUCGGUCAUGGAGAAAGCUUCUUUAUCGGUUUGAAACUCUUGGUUUUUUGGAUAUUCCUCCUCUUGUUCUCCAGGUGACAAAUUUGCGUUGCGGAGGGAUGAUUCUAUGUACUGGAAUAAACCACUGCUUGUCGGACGGCGUUGGGACUUCACAAUUCUUGCAUGCAUGGGCCCACCUCACCACCAAACCCAAUCUCCCUCUUCCAAUCAAACCAUUCCAUUUCCGCCACGUGUUUAAACCCCGCAACCCCCUCCACGUCACCUUCCCCCAUCCUCAAUAUUCCAAAACUACCCCUUCCAACAACCAACUCCUCCUCAAUCUCCUCCGCUCCCUCCCUCUCCGCCCUGUCUCCGUCGUCUUCUCCGCCGCCGACAUUCUCCGCCUCAAGCGCCGCUGCACCCCUUCCCUUAAAUGCACUUCCUUCGAAGCCCUCGCCGCCCACACCUGGCAAUCCUGGCUCCGUUCUCUCGCUGUCGCCGCUACCACCGCCGUUGUUUCCCCUCUCCCUCCUUCUCUCCCCGUCAACCUCCUCUUCUCUGUCAACGUUCGCCGCCACAUGCACCUCCCUGAACCACCCUCGGGAUUCUACGGUAACGCGUUCGUCCUCGCUUGCGCCCAGUCCACCGUGAAGGACCUCACCGCCAAUGCUGCCGUCGGCAACAUCCACCACGGUGUAACGCUCGUCCAACAAGCGAAGGCGGCCGUGACGGAGGAAUACGUGCGGUCGGUGGUUGACAUGUUGAACGACAGAAGUGUGAGAACCGACAUGUCGGCUACGUUGGUGAUUUCCCAAUGGUCUAAACUCGGGCUUGAAGAUUUGGAUUUCGGAGAGGGGAAACCGGUGCAUAUGGGACCUCUUGCCAGUGAUAUUUAUUGCCUGUUUUUGCCGGUCGCCGGUGAUCUCUCCGCCGUUAGAGUUCUGGUUUCGGUGCCGGAAUGUGUAGCCCACAAGUUUGAGCUUUAUAUGAAGGAUUGCUAUUACACUGACCAUGAAGAUGAAGAUACAGUUAAUAUCAAUAAUAACAAUAAUAAUAAGGGAGAACAAAAUUGUUUCAUCUGAAAAAUAUAUAUAUAUGUGUAUGUAUCAUCAUUAUUUCUUAAAUAAUUUACCACUCACUCCCUUCUA